UAACGACAAAUUACGUAUCGUUAGCUAACGAUUCCGACAAGUUUCGUUAAGUGCUAUUCCCAAACACACUUUUAGCGAAUAUUGUCGGUAGGUUUGACAGUUGCCUAACGAAAUUUGUUGAUAGCCUAGCUACGAAUAUUUUGCCGUUGAAAAGCCUAACGAUAAAAUUGGUUUAAGUUUUUAUUGAGAAAAAUUAGGCAAAAUUCAUCGGUAAGCAAACUAUUAUAAUAAAAACUUAUAAAUUCGUUUAUAAAAAAUACAACUUUUUAGAAAACGACAAUGGCGUUCCAGUUUCUUGGAUACGAUGCGGAAAUGGCCCAACAACGACAAGGAGCAAGGAGUUUUGCAGCAGAACGCGCUCUACUAAGAGAAGUGGACAGCCCCUUUGAUUUGGACGAGGGCCAAUUUAAAAGGUUAUACCGGCUGACCCCCAAUCUUGUUUAUGAAAUCAUAGACAAAAUUGGCAGUCGUCUUGAAAGAAAAUAUGUAUCAGCAUUAUCGGCUGAAAAACAGGUGCUUGCAGCGCUUCGUUUUUAUGCGACCGGCUGCUACCAACGGCCAGUGGGAGAGCAAUGGGGACUCUCAAUGAGUCAGUCUUCCAUUAGUCGUUCAAUUCAUAGGGUAACUGAUGCCAUAAAUGAAACUAUGUUUAUGGAAAACGUACGUUACCCGAUGACGGUAGUUGAACGACAGGUUGCCCGAAGUAUUUUUUCAGCAGCGCGUGAGCCUUUUGAUGGCGCUAUUGGUGCAAUUGAUUGCACGCACAUAGCAGUUAUCGGGCCAAAAGAUCAUGAGGAGGCAUACAUUAACCAUCACGGCUAUCACUCGAUAAACGUUCAAAUGGUGUGUGAUCCGAACCUCAAAAUUUUGAGUGUAAAUGCGAGAUUUCCCGGUGCACGUCAUGAUGCAUAUAUAUGGAAUGCAUCCGCUGUUCGGAGAGCAAUGAAGCGAGCGUAUGAUCGGGGAGACCAUAGCACAUUUUUAAUAGGAGACUCGGGUUACCCAUUAGAGCCAUGGCUGAUGACACCUCUAUCAAACCAGAGAGAAGGUACACCGCAAUUUCGAUACAAUGAGGCUUUAUGUAAAGCAAGGAACUGUGUCGAACGACUAUUUGGAGUUUUGAAGGGAACAUGGCGAUGCCUUUCGAAGCAGCGAGUACUUAUGUACGAGCCAGGCUUCGCUGGCAGGAUUGUAAACUCCGGCGCAGCUCUGCAUAAUAUGCGACUCAACACAGUUGAAAACAACAGCGAUAUACAAAGUGAAGAUCGAAUUGUGGAAGCAGUUUUGGAAGAAGAUUGGGAAGAAUCCAUUCACCCAUCAGCUCUCGCCAAGAGAAUGCAAGAGCGCCUUAUAGCUGCUAAAUUUACUUAA